AUGGCCCUUGUGGUGCUUCCUCACUGCUGCGAUCCUGCUGUCGCUCUACCCGAAGUUAGUCUCCCAUCGGCCCUUUCCAGAACGUAUCAGCAUCAGUCUGAUUCUGAGUUCAUUGCUCGUAGUUACCUCGGUAUGGUGUUGGUCGAUCUGGAACGAGCUGCCGUGCCCGCAACAUUUAGCUUAAUCGAUAGGUGGUUAUCCAAGAGGGCCAUCCAACUUCCAUUUAGCUUUUACUAG